GAAAUAGCAUGGUUUGGCUUUGCCAUCACGCUUUCUUCAUGCCCUUCUCUCUCUCUCUCUCUGCCCAUCUCUCUCUGUUCCACUUUCUGAAACCAGUGAAAAUCAAAAAUUUCUCUAAAAACUCAAGAACUUCAUCAUCUUCUUCUCAGACCCGUGUGAGUGAGUGAAAGAUUCGAUUUUUUCUCAUCUAAAGAUCUUUGUGUUUGCUUUAAUGGAGUGUAUUGGGAAGAGAGUGAAGUCCCGGAGCUGGCAGCGUCUUCAGGCUGUUAACAAGCGGAAGAAGAUGGAGACUGUAGCUCCGGUGACAUCUCCCCCAAAGAAACGACGGCAGAAGAAACCUAAAAACUAUGACUCCGACAUUGAGGACAUCACACCAACUUGCAACGACAGUGUUCCUCCUCCUCAAGUCAGUAACAUGUACUCUGUACCUAACAACUCUGUAAAAGAGAGUUUUUCUAGGAUAAUGAGAGAUCUGAAUGUGGAGAAGAAAUCAGGUCCCAGCUCCUCUAGGUUAACAGAUGGGUCUGAGCAGAACCCAUGUCUGAAAGAGAGGUCUUUUAGGGUUAGUGAUUUGGGCGUGGAGAAGAAAUGUUCCCCUGAGAUUACAGAUUUGGAUGUUGGGAUACCUGUUCCGAGAUUUUCUAAGUUAAAGGAUGUGUCUGAACAGAAGAACACAUGUCUGAUGCAGAAGAGUUCUCCUGAGAUUGCUGAUUUGGAUCUUGUAAUAUCAGUUCCGAGCUCUUCUGUGUUAAAAGAUGUGUCAGAAGAAAUCAGAUUUUUGAAGGACAAGUGUUCCCCUGAGAUUAGAGGUUUGGUUUUGGAAAAAUCAGUCCCUGGCGAAAUAGAGAUUCUUUCAGAUUCUGAGUCUGAAACUGAAGCUAGAAGAAGAGCUUCAGCCAAGAAGAAGCUAUUUGAAGAAAGUAGCAGAAUUGUAGAGUCUAUCAGUGAUGGUGAAGAUAGCUCAAGUGAAACCGAUGAAGAGGAAGAAGAAAAUCAAGAUAGUGAAGAUAAUAACACCAAAGAUAAUGUAACGGUGGAGUCUUUGUCUUCUGAGGAUCCAUCUUCAUCAUCAUCAUCGUCAUCAUCGUCGUCUUCAUCUUCCUCUUCCUCCUCGAGUGACGAUGAAUCAUAUGUAAAGGAGGUAGUUGGAGAUAAUAGAGAUGAUGAUGACUUGAGAAAGGCCAGUUCACCAAUCAAGAGAGUUUCUUUAGUGGAAAGGAAGGCUUUGGUAAGGUAUAAGAGGUCUGGUUCUAGCUUAACCAAGCCUAGAGAAAGAGACAACAAGAUUCAGAAACUAAACCACCGAGAAGAAGAAAAAAAAGAACGACAAAGAGAAGUUGUAAGAGUAGUAACAAAGCAGCCGAGCAAUGUUGUGUACACUUGUGCUCACUGUGGCAAAGAGAACACAGGAAACCCUGAAUCACACAGCUCUUUCAUUAGACCACAUUCAAUAAGAGAUGAAAUUGAGGAUGUGAACAACUUUGCUUCUACUAAUGUAUCAAAGUAUGAAGAUUCUGUUUCCAUCAACUCUGGGAAAACAACUGGAGCUCCAUCCAGACCUGAAGUGGAGAAUCCAGAGACAGGAAAAGAAUUGAACACACCUGAGAAGCCAUCCAUAUCCAGACCUGAAAUUUUCACUACAGAGAAAGCGAUAGAUGUACAAGUACCUGAAGAGCCAUCAAGACCUGAAAUUUACAGUUCAGAGAAAGCAAAAGAGGUACAAGCACCUGAAAUGCCAUCAAGACCUGAAGUUUUCAGUUCAGAGAAAGCAAAAGAAAUACAAGUACCUGAAAUGCCAUCAAUACCUGAAAUCCAGAAUUCAGAGAAAGCAAAAGAGGUCCAAGCCAACAACAGGAUGGGUUUGACGACACCUGCAGUUGCAGAGGGGUUAAAUAAGUCUGUUGUGACUAAUGAACAUAUUGAAGAUGACUCUGAUUCUUCUAUUAGCUCUGGAGAUGGAUAUGAAUCUGAUCCUACUCUAAAAGACAAAGAGGUCAAGAUUAAUAACCACUCGGAUUGGAGAAUAUUGAAUGGAAACAAUAAAGAAGUUGAUCUAUUCAGGCUUCUUGUGAACUCUGUUUGGGAGAAAGGUCAAUUAGGCGAAGAGGAUGAAGCAGACGAACUAGUUUCUUCAGCUGAAGACCAAUCUCAAGAACAAGCAAGGGAAGAUCACAGAAAAUAUGAUGAUGCUGGACUUCUAAUCAUUAGGCCACCACCAUUGAUAGAGAAAUUUGGUGUGGAGGAGCCUCAGUCACCACCUGUGGUUUCUGAGAUCGAUUCAGAGGAAGAUAGGCUGUGGGAAGAACUAGCAUUUUUCACUAAAUCUAACGACAUCGGCGGCAACGAGCUUUUUUCAAAUGUAGAGAAAAAUAUAUCAGCUAAUGAAACUCCAGCAGCACAAUGUAAAAAAGGGAAACACGAUCUAUGUAUUGAUCUUGAGGUUGGUUUGAAGUGUAUGCACUGUGGCUUCGUGGAGAGAGAGAUCCGAAGCAUGGAUGUAUCUGAGUGGGGAGAGAAGACUACAAGGGAAAGGAGAAAAUUUGAUAGAUUUGAAGAGGAAGAAGGCAGCAGCUUCAUUGGGAAACUUGGGUUUGAUGCUCCUAACAACAGCUUAAAUGAGGGAUGUGUUUCUUCUGAAGGAACUGUUUGGGAUAAGAUCCCAGGGGUCAAAUCUCAAAUGUAUCCUCACCAGCAAGAGGGUUUUGAGUUUAUCUGGAAGAACUUAGCCGGUACAAUCAUGUUGAACGAGCUCAAGGACUUUGAGAACAGUGAUGAGACCGGAGGAUGCAUCAUGUCACAUGCUCCCGGGACCGGAAAAACUCGUCUGACCAUCAUUUUCCUGCAAGCCUAUCUUCAAUGCUUCCCAGAUUGCAAACCAGUGAUCAUUGCUCCUGCGAGCUUGCUUCUCACAUGGGCAGAGGAGUUCAAGAAAUGGAACAUAAGCAUUCCCUUUCAUAAUCUCAGCAGUUUGGACUUUACUGGGAAAGAGAACUCGGCGGCGCUGGGACUUUUGAUGCAGAAGAAUGCCACUGCAAGAAGCAAUAAUGAGAUAAGGAUGGUGAAAAUAUACUCUUGGAUAAAAUCGAAGAGCAUACUCGGGAUCAGCUACAAUCUGUAUGAGAAGCUUGCAGGAGUUAAGGACGAGGACAAAAAGACAAAGAUGGUGAGAGAAGUGAAGCCAGACAAAGAAUUAGAUGAUAUCAGAGAGAUACUUAUGGGAAGGCCUGGACUUCUUGUUCUUGACGAGGCACACACACCUCGGAACCAGAGAAGUUGUAUAUGGAAAACACUAUCCAAAGUGGAAACACAGAAACGAAUCUUGCUCUCUGGAACUCCUUUCCAGAACAACUUCCUGGAGCUGUGCAAUGUUUUGGGACUCGCAAGACCUAAAUAUCUGGAGAGGCUCACGUCCACACUCAAGAAGAGUGGGAUGACUGUAACGAAGAGAGGGAAAAAAAAUUUGGGGAAUGAAAUCAACAACCGUGGGAUUGAAGAGCUGAAGGCUGUUAUGCUUCCAUUUGUGCAUGUCCAUAAAGGAAGCAUUCUUCAAAGUAGCCUCCCUGGUUUGAGAGAAUGUGUUGUGGUGUUAAACCCACCUGAGCUGCAGAGGAGAGUCCUAGAAUCCAUUGAAGUCACUCACAACCGGAAAACAAAAAACGUGUUUGAAACAGAACACAAGCUGUCUUUGGUCUCAGUCCAUCCUUCUCUAGUCUCUCGCUGCAAAAUUUCUGAGAAGGAACGUUUGUCCAUCGACGAGGCUCUGCUUGCACAGCUUAAGAAGGUAAGACUCGAUCCAAAUCAAAGCGUGAAAACAAGAUUCCUCAUGGAGUUUGUCGAGUUAUGCGAGGUGAUAAAGGAGAAAGUGUUGGUCUUUAGCCAAUACAUAGACCCAUUGAAACUGAUAAUGAAACAUCUGGUCUCUCGUUUCAAGUGGAAUCCAGGGGAGGAAGUGUUGUACAUGCACGGCAAACUCGAGCAGAAACAAAGACAAACAUUAAUCAACGAAUUCAAUGAUCCAAAAUCCAAGGCCAAAGUGUUCUUAGCUUCAACAAAAGCCUGCUCUGAAGGGAUCAGUCUGGUAGGAGCAUCAAGGGUGAUUCUUUUGGAUGUUGUGUGGAAUCCUGCAGUCGAAAGACAAGCUAUAAGCCGUGCUUACAGAAUCGGGCAGAAGCGGAUUGUUUACACAUACCACUUGGUUGCAAAAGGGACUCCUGAGGGACCAAAGUACUGUAAGCAAGCACAAAAGGAUAGAAUCUCAGAGCUUGUGUUUGCAUGUUCUUCCAGACAUGACAAAGGAAAGGAAAAGAUUGCUGAAGCUGUGACAGAGGAUAAAGUGUUGGACACUAUGGUGGAGCAUUCGAAGCUUGGGGAUAUGUUUGACAAUCUUAUCGUGCAACCAAAGGAAGCAGAUUUAGUUGAAGGUUUCAGCAUACUUAUGCCAUGACUCAUCACCAAACUCUUGGCUUCAUCUCUUCUUCCCUAUAUAUCUCAUAUGCCAUUUCAUCUUUCCAAGACUUGUGUUUUGCUUUUGUGUGAUCCUUUAGGGUAUCUUCUUUCUCAGAAAAAACCUUGACUUUUGUUUGGGUUUACUUUUGUCUACUAUGAACUCUUAACUUAUCUAGCAAAAUGUUUCAUGUUAAAACAUGUAAGAGCCACCAGACAAGAGCUUAGAUGUCUCUGUUGUCAAACUAACUGAGACAAGGUAAUAACAUCUGUGAAUGGAAUUGGUAGGAGC